AUGGUUGGGCAAGUCAGCAACCGAUUCGCGCUCUUCGUCCAGAAUGACGAUAAAAGACCAGUGAAGAAGUUCCCCAUCGAUGCAUCUCGCAAUCAUUUCUUGAAUCAGGUCGCUGAUGAUUCGGUUCCCUGGGAGGAAGUCAAGAAACGCGCUGCGCCUGUAGAACGCCACGCUCCGCAACCUGGACCGAAGACAGUGAUGAUCAAGGACCAGAAUAGGGCGAUACUGAACCGGGCUUUGAUUCCCCAAACUCGGGAUCGCACCGUAUCAUUUUCAACAGCUGACGGCAGCGACAAGCUUCACGAUCUGCACGAGAAUUGGUGCGGUGUAUGCUCGAUCAAGUUUCCCACCAAAUCAGCACUUAUCACCCAUACCAAGCAGUUACCGCAUCACCAGCACUACUGUAAUCUCUGCAGGCGAGUCUUCAAAGACCGCAACGGUCUCAAAAACCACGUUGACAACUCUUGGGGUCAUGAGAUCUCCUGCAAUCUGUGCUUGAGCGCCUUCAAGAAUAGCUGGGGGCUUAAGAACCAUUUUGAGAACAACUACAAUGUCGGCCACGAGUUUGCGUGUCUGACUUGUCUUCUUGGAUUUCGAAGCAACGUUGAGCUUGAGCGGCAUCUCCAGUCUUCGAUGAAGCACACGUGGUGCCAGACAUGCUCGCGCCGCUUUCGCACCCAAGACGAGCGCGACGAGCAUUGGCAGACGACAAAUAGACACAAACACUGCCUGGAACCCGGCUGCGACUUUGACUGUCCCAACGAGGCAGGACUCGCCCAACAUCACAUGACCGACCACUUUCAGUGCGUUGGAUGCAAGCAAAUCUUACCCAGCAUGACCAAACUCAAUCUGCACUAUGAGUCUUGCUCAAACGCACUCUCAUGUCCACAAUGCGGAACCAUGUGCGCAGGAAAACUUCGCCUCGCCCACCAUCUCACACAGUGCUUUGUAUGCAAAGAAUGCGGAUUCCACACCUUCCACGAGGGAAACUACAAAAUCCACAUGACCAAACACUCUUCCAACAACAUCCCCUGCUGGGGCUGCAACGCCCCCAUGCGCACCUACUCGAGCCUCAUCAACCACCUCGAAUCCAGCCGCUGCCCCCAGCUCAACCAACCCACCCGUCUCCUGCAAGUCCUCGGAAAAUGGUGGUACUCGCCCCUCUACAUGGACGUCGAUUUGCACGUGCAACUACGCACCGGCCGCGUCAAUCUCGACGAGAUGCACGAGUGGAUGAAGAAUGGCGCGCUGCACCCUUUUAUCUGCAGGGCGGAUGGGUGCAUGAAGAGCUUUGCGCAUUUGAGUUCGCUGGUGCUGCAUUGUGAGAGUCAGGCGUGUGGGUGGGAUAUCGCGAGGUUGAAUGUUUUGGGGCUGGAGGCGGAGGUCAAGAUGGCGUGUUUCAGGGGGGAUAGCGUGGCGGGUUGA